ACCGUAAUGUCUUACAACGGAAUCGACCGCAAGGACCGCGCCCCUUCUCCUAGUGAGGGCUCAACCUCGCCAAGGAAUGUUGUGGAUCACGAUGCUCCUCAUGUAACGGCGGACGUACCAGUUGGACCAAGGAGAUUGGGGGAACCAAAGCAUCACAUGAUCACUGUCCAACCGCUGAAAAGGAGCGAGAUGCAACCUUCGUACGCGCAGGAUCUUGGAACUGGAGAGGUUACGCAUGGAGUCUACGGUUCGCUCUUACAAUGCCUGGGAACCGCAGUGGGCUUCCUUGGGGCCAUCCCUUGUUGCCCGUGUCCAAAUCCUUUCCGAAAUGUCCAGCAAGGAUCCGUGGGACUCAUCUCCCGUUUCGGCCAGUUCUACAAGUCGGUGGAUCCGGGACUUGUCCAGGUCAACGUUUGUACUGAAUCCCUUCGCGUUGUGGAUGUGAAAAUCCAGAUCAGCCCUAUUGGCAGGCAGAUGGUGAUUACUCGAGACAACGUUAAUGUUGAAAUCGAUUCGGUCAUUUACUUCCAGAUCUGUAACCCCUAUCGCGCCGCUUUCGGUAUCACUGACCUCCGGCAAGCCCUCAUCGAACGUGCACAAACAACGUUGCGACAUGUCGUUGGCGCACGUGCUGUUCAAUCUGUCGUUACCGAGCGUGAAGCCAUCGCCUUUGAAAUUGCCGAAAUUGUUGGUGACAUCGCCGACAAAUGGGGCGUUGCCAUUGAGGGUAUUCUCAUCAAAGAUAUCAUCUUCAGCCCUGAAAUUUCCGCGAGCUUGAGUAGCGCUGCUCAGCAGAAGCGGAUCGGUGAGAGUAAGGUUAUUGCUGCGCGAGCCGAGGUCGAUGCUGCCAGGUUGAUGCGUCAAGCUGCCGAUAUCCUGGCUUCGCCGGCUGCCAUGCAGAUCCGACAAUUGGAGGCUUUGCAACAAAUGGCCAAGUCCGGGAACAGCAAGGUCAUCUUCGUACCCAUGCAGCUACAAAGUGACGUUGUUUCACAAAUGGCAGGGACUUCUGCUGCGGGUGCCACUAAUGACAGUAAUGCCGGCGAGGCAGGAAUGGGUGCAGCUGGAAGGAUAGCCGUCUUGAAUAGUGCUGCAGAUAUUUGAAGGGUAUCGCCAUUGAAACUUUCUUAUCGCCCCUUAUCACGUUUCACCAUGCCAUCUCCAUGUGUAUUAACUCUAUUGUUUUAUUUUGGAUACCUAUGACAUUGGUUAUGCUGAUGUUCACGACUAUUUACUUGUACACGUCAAUAAAAUACUCUACACACCA